AUGGCAUCAGAGCGAAAUAUCAUACUCAUCACGGGGACCACCUCGGGCAUUGGCUACGACACCUCCUACGCCCUCGCCAACGCCUCCCCAAGCAACCACGUCAUCAUGACAGCCCGGUCCACGGAGAAGGGAACCAAGGCCCUCGCCGAGAUCCAGAGCCGCAAGCCGGCCGGCACCCUCGGCUUCCUCCAACUGGACGUCACCUCCGACGCCUCCAUCUCAGACGCCGCGCAGAAAGUGGAAGCAGACUUCGGCGUGCUCGAUGUCCUCGUGAACAAUGCCGGCAUCGCCAGCAGCGACUACGGCCCAGACAACAACAACAACAACAACACCGCCGCAGGGCGCGCGUACCUGCGCGAGAUCUUCGACACCAACGUCUUCGGCGUCCACCUGCUAACCGAGGCGCUGGAGCCGCUCCUUGAAAAAUCGAAGGAUCCGCGCAUCGUCAACCUCACGACCAACACGGGCUCCGUCACGUGGCGCAACGACUGGACGCAGCCCGCGAGCUACAAGGCGCUGGAGGCUUAUCGAAUGUCCAAGGCUGCGCUGAACAUGAUGUCGGCGAAUCAGCUGUACAAGUACUCCCAGUGGGAGCACCCAGCUAAGGUCUGGGCGUACUGUCCCGGCUGGGUGGUGACGAACCUUACGGGGGUGGACGGCAGGCAGUUCAUGCGCGAUACGGGCGCCGAAGACUCAGAAACGAGUGCUCAGGGGAUACUGGAGAUUGUCAAUGGCAAGCGGGAUGAGGAGACGAAGGUCAUGAUCACCAAGCGGGGAGGAACCUAUCCAUGGUAG